GAGAUACAGCCUCUAACAGCAGUCUCUUGCUCCCGCUCUCUCUUUCUCUCUCUCUCUCUCUCUCCCCCUCUGUCUCACUCUGUUCCCUCCCCUCCUCUGGCUGCUCUUUCACAUCUUCCCGGCUUCACAGGAAGGUAUUGCUGUUGUCUUACGAUGACUGCUGUGGCUGUAGACUCCUUGCAGUAAGCACUCAAAGGUUAUGCUGCCCAGACGCCCCACGCUGAGUCCCAGAGAAAAAGAGAAGGGCUAAAGUCUGCUCUCCACGCCACACCGAACCCCCCGCACCUGCACGCACAGGACAUCGCCCAGGAUGACCGACCCGCAAGAUGCCAACGACGCCAAGGCCGCCAUGGGCGCCGCCGGACACCUGCCGGCUCCAGUUCCCCCUCCCUCACGGCGCAGGGAUGAUGAGGACGAGCGGGACCUGAAUAAGACGCUGGGGGUCGAGCGCUUCCAGCAAAUUCUCAAGCCCCCGCCACGACUCCCCUCGGAGCAGCACCGCAACUUCAACGAGGAGGACUUUGAAUACCACCGGCACUCGUCCAUGCACACCCACCACCCGCUGUCCAAGCACCUGCCCUCCGAGGGCCGCAGGAAGAAGAGCAGCAAGAGGAGGAAGGGCCGACGCAGCGGCUCCACCGGCAGCGCCGGCACCGGCACGGGCACCGCGCCCACCAUCGAGGAGGACGACGAGGACGACGAGGGCGUAGAGGAUGGCCACAGCCAGCUGGACAGCACAGAGGGCAACACCUCGCCCACCACCGAGACGGACACAGACACACGCAUAGAGGAGGUGCAGUUCUUUGUGUCGGAUGAAGACCCAACUAGCACUUCCACCCAAAGCAAGUCAGAGGGCAGUGCCUCCCCACGCCAGCUCACCAUUGUCCCAGAGUCCGCCCUGGGCACCAGGACCAGCGAUCUGCCAGAGGAUGCCACCACUACUGAGUCACAGCGGCGCGGCUCCAGGCAGGGCUCUCUGGCCGGUCAGGGCGCCAGCGGCCGCAGCUACGACCUGCAGGAGCGGCGCCGCACCGGGAACCAGACGGCCCUGGAGAGCAGCCUGUACCAGCGCAUGCCCACGGACGAGAGCGAGGCCCAGAUGCUGGCCACCGUCGACCUGGACGGCAUCAAGAGCCAUCGCUUUGAGGAUGUGCCCGGUGUACGGCGUCAUCUGGUCAGGAAGAGCACCAAAGGUCAGGUGGUUCACAUCAGCAAAGACCAUAAGGAGCCCAGUGGCCGCAGCCGUAAAUUGGACCGCACCCCGCACGAGUGGAGAGGUCGGUUUAGCAGAAGAAGCCUAUUGGAUGCAAAAGUUCUCUGGGUGUUUGUGGAGCUGAAUGAACUGGUGAUGGACAAGAACCAGGAGCUGCAGUGGAGAGAGACGGCUCGCUGGAUCAAGUUUGAGGAGGACGUGGAGGAAGAGACUGACCGCUGGGGCAAGCCACACGUGGCCUCCCUCUCCUUCCGCAGUUUACUGGAACUACGCAAGACCAUCUCACACGGUGCUGUGCUGCUGGACCUGGACCAGAAGACACUGCCAGGCAUCGCUCACCAGGUGGUGGAGCAGAUGAUCAUCUCCGACCAGAUCAGGGUCGAGGAUCGCGCCAACGUCCUUCGCGCGCUUCUGCUCAAACACAGUCACCCGAGUGAUGAGAAGGAGCACAGCUCCUUCACCAGAAACAUCUCGACGGCCUCUCUCGGCUCCCUCAUGGUCCACCACCACAGCAAUAACCACAUCGCCAGUACUGAGCCCAGCGCCACAGACCCACUCAUGGGUGGGGGCAUGACCACCUUCGACAUCGACACCCGCAUCGACAUGGAGAAGAACGAGAAAGAAAACCCUCCAUUGCUGGGGAUGCACCGGUCAAAGUCCAAACACGAGCUCAAACUCCUGGAGAAGAUUCCAGAAAAUGCCGAGGCCACUGUUGUACUUGUGGGCAGCGUGGACUUCCUGGACCAGCCCUCCAUGGCCUUUGUGAGGCUGCAGGAGGCCGUGCUGCUGGAGUCCGUGCUGGAGGUCCCCAUCCCCGUCCGCUUCCUGUUUGUGCUGCUUGGGCCGCCCAGCGACAACAUGGACUACCACCAGAUCGGACGCUCCAUCUCCACACUCAUGUCAGACAAGCACUUCCACGAGGCGGCCUACCUGGCGGACGAGCGCCAGGACCUGCUGACGGCCAUCAACAGCUUCCUGGACUGCAGCAUCGUGCUGCCGCCCUCAGAGGUGGGCGGCGAGGAGCUGCUGCGGUCGGUGGCGGGCUUCCAGCGGGAGAUGCUCCGCAAGCGGCAGGAGCAGGAGGGCAAGCUGCUUGCCAAAGAGCUCAAGAGCCCCACUGAUAAGGCUCUGCUUCCACCUUUUAAACCGGGGGAUGACCCUCUGCAGCGGACAGGCCUUCUGUUUGGAGGGGUGGUCCGUGACGUGCAACGCCGCUACCCGAAGUACCUCAGCGACUUCAAAGACGCCCUCAAUCCCCAGUGCAUGGCUGCGGUGAUCUUCAUCUACUUUGCUGCUCUUUCUCCCGCCAUCACUUUUGGAGGCCUUCUAGGUGAGAAGACCGGAGGUCUGAUCGGUGUCUCGGAGCUCAUCAUUGCCACAGCAGUGCAUGGGGUGCUCUUCAGUCUGAUCGGUGCCCAGCCCCUCCUGGUGGUGGGAUUCUCUGGCCCUUUGCUGGUCUUUGAGGAGGCCUUCUUCUCUUUCUGUAAUGCAAAUGGCAUGGAGUACCUCACAGGGAGAGUUUGGAUUGGGUUCUGGCUCAUAAUCAUCGUGGUUCUAAUGGUGGCCUUCGAAGGCAGUUUCCUGGUCCGCUUUGUGUCUCGCUUCACCCAGGAGAUAUUCGCCUUCCUCAUCUCCCUCAUCUUCAUCUACGAGACCUUCUCAAAGCUAAUCAAGAUCUUCCAAGAUAACCCCCUAAAACGCUGUUACACUGACAACAGCACCAUGGAGAGUGCCAAUGCAACAUCCCUCAACAGUAGCAUCAGCAGCCUCAUAUCAAACCCUGGGAAGACACUGGGGGAGCCGAACACAGCACUUCUGUCUCUGGUCCUCAUGUUAGGCACUUUCUUCAUCGCCUUCUACUUGCGCAAGUUUAAGAAUAGUGCCUUCUUUCCUGGGAGCCUCCGCAGAGUCAUCGGAGAUUUUGGAGUUCCCAUAGCCAUCCUCAUCAUGGUUCUUGUGGACAACAGCAUAGAAGACGCCCACACACAGAAGCUGAGCGUGCCCAGUGGGUUCUCUGUGACGAGCCCAGAACAGCGUGGCUGGGUGAUCCACCCCCUUGGUUCCGAUGGCCAGUUCCCCAUCUGGAUGAUGGCAGCCAGUCUUCUACCCGCAGUGCUCGUCUUCAUCCUCGUCUUCAUGGAGACCCAAAUCACCACUUUGAUAGUCUGUAAAAAGGAGCGGAUGUUGGUGAAGGGCUCUGGAUUUCACCUGGAUCUGCUGAUCAUUGUGGCCUUGGGUGGAGUGCUGUCGCUGUUUGGGCUGCCGUGGUUGGCUGCAGCCACUGUGCGCUCUGUUACCCAUGCCAACGCUCUCACAGUCAUGAGCAAGGCCGUUGCACCCGGCGACAAGCCACGCAUACAGGAAGUGAAGGAACAGCGAGUGACGGGAUUCCUGGUGGCUGUUUUUGUAGGUCUUUCCAUUGUCAUUGGAGACAUCUUGCGCCAGAUCCCCAUAGCUGUGCUGUUUGGGAUCUUCCUGUACAUGGGUGUAAUGUCACUCAAUGGCAUCCAACUGACAGAACGGAUGCUUCUGCUGCUAAUGCCCCCAAAGUAUCACCCCGACCACACCUACGUGCGCAAGGUGAGAACCAUGCGCAUGCAUCUGUUCACUGGGAUCCAAAUAGUGUGUCUAGCCUCGCUGUGGGCGGUCAUGUCCACCUCCGCCUCCCUCGCCUUCCCUUUUGUCCUGAUCCUCACUGUGCCAGUGAAGAUGUUCCUCUUACCAUGGAUCUUUACCUCGCGGGAGAUGCAGUGUCUGGACGCAGAGGAGGCUGAGCCCACAUUUGACGAGAAGGAAGGGCAGGAUGAGUAUACGGAGAUGCACAUGCCUGUGUGAUGGCGCUCACUCACACUCCUCUGGGCUCACCAAACCACCACACUCACUGAUGUCAGACCCACUGGGAGGGUCCAUCAUUACAAUGGAGCAAGUAAACCCACUUCACAUGCAGACAUUUUCACUGUGCUAUUGGAACAAUUGUGUCUUUUGAUUUGCUUUAGAGAAAUCAAUCAAAAAGCCUAGAUGGAUAUUUCUACUGUUGUGACUGGUGUAUGUUGGUUGAUGUUCUUCUUUCUUUAUGGAGGGUUUAUGUGGAAUUGUUCAAGUCUGCAUUUAUAGGUAUUAAGACAAUGUACACUUUGUAGUGUUUAACACUGUAUGCCAUUCUAAGACAUUUGGACUGGAGUGAUAUGUACAAACAAAUCACAAAGGGUCUGACCACAUUUCAAGGUCAUGACUUAAAAGGACGCACUUUAAACACAGGGGUCAGUCACUCUUUACACUUUAUUCAAUAGUAUAAAUACCAUUGGAGAUAUGCAUCUCAACAUUUUGUAUAGUAGAGGAAGUUUGCCAUAUCAUGGGAAAAGCUUACAUCAUAACUUCCUGAAACAGUUAUUACACUAUAUUCUUGGAGUGAUUUUAUGUUCUUGUGUACAUUUAGAUGAACAAGUACCAAAGCAUCUUUCUGUGAUCCCAAGUUAACCUUCACAGUGCUUUCUGUCAAACAAGUUAAAACACUGUGCAGACAUUUUGCUUUAAAUCGCCAGUCUACUAAGCCACUGACCUUUCAUAAAUAGAAAUAACACAUCGCAUUAUAACCACAUUAUAACCACCACAAUUACAACUGAGCAUGUGGUGUUUCAUCCCUAUAGUAAUUCUGUAAACUUGGAUACCAAAGACACCUUUUCACCUUGCCAAGUGCAAAAACAAGCCCUUGUUCUCACACACACACACACACACACACACACACACACACACACACACACACAGCUCUCUGUGCUUAUUUCAUAAAUAUGAUGUAGCGAUGUAUAUUUUUUAUCAUGCAAUAGAAUGUAGAAGACACUGGCUUUACAUAUCGUUGAGUCGGAUACAAGUCAGGCCGAAUCCCCUGUGUGUGUGUGUGUGCUACAGACCUUUCCCUCAAACUAUUUUUGACUGGCAUUCCAGAUGCCUAGUCCUUGAAAUUGAGAUGGUCUUCCCAUUGGAUUUGUUAAUUUGUCGUAGCUUGAUGAGAAUCUUCAGAAGGGAAUAUCUCUAUAAAGCUGCAAAGGCUGUCAAAUGGGCCGAGACUACAGCCUUUGGCGGUAUGUGUCUACAUCUAGAUAAUGUAGUUAAGCACAUUCCAGACAAACAAACAUUUCAUGUAGCUUUGACUAGUAUAGUAUACGCCAUUGUUAAGUAUUGGUAAAACAUUUUUACACAAAUAACAAAAUGUUGAGUAGCCAUUACAGGUGGAUUGGUGCUAAUCACCCUGUCCUGUGUAACAAAGACUGUCUACAUUUCUCUGUAUUGGACAAAACAUAGAAAUGACAACCAGUGUUCCAUGUAAGCCAGGCCUGGAUGCGCUGAAACUGUCAGUCAAACAAGGCUAAAUUAUACUCAACCUCUUAUUGUAACAGCCUAUGGGCACAAGUCAGAACACACAAUAUCCUGAUCAAACCUUGGUAGAAGCAAGGAUGGCUAUACUUUGUCACUUACCGCAACCAUGAGAGAUUGCACUGGAAAAACUGACUUGCCUUAUUCAUUAUUCUGAUGAAAUUAGCUAUGCUAGACACAAUAUCACCUUUUAGUGUUGCUGAAACUUCAGCUUUCAGUUCAGAGAUGCAGACACCUUGUAUUUGUCAAAAUAUAAUGAUGUAAAGCUGAAAUUUGACAAUGUUCUUUGUGAGCUACUCCUGUUUUUAUUCAUGCUAUGCAUUACGUAAUGGUCAGAACUAAUGCAGGGAUGUAGAAUGAAAGAGAGAGAACUAUUUUAGGAUGUCCAAAUGAGAACAUUUAUUUUAUUAGGUGUCAGUUUUGAAGUAAUGUUGAGUCAACACUAGACCUACAUUCCAGUUCUUUUAACAAGACAAUCAUUUACAAUUUUAUCUUGAGUUGUUCAAUGAUAUAAUUUUCUUUAUAUCAAGGCCUUAAGCUGAAAUAUUUUUGUAUGUAUCAAUAAAUGUAUGAAACAAUAAAUAUCUGUCUCUUUUCCUGCUGCAAUGUGGGCUGAAACAUUUAUUAUGUGGAUUUAUCGUGAUGUAACUUGUGGUGUCUUGACGUAGCCUGCUUAUUUGUAUAUCAGUGCAUCACAUAGGCUACUUUAACACAUCUGGGCAUUGAACUGUCAUUGGUAUUGGAUAUGGGAACUAAUGAAUGUCUAUCGUGACCUUUACAUUUAUAUUAAAAUGAAAUACCA